AACUCCAAUGUUUAACUGUACAAUAAUUGUGUUUGUGCCUCAUAUUCUCUCACAGGAGCUUCCAAAAGUAGAGUCUAUUGGACCCAGUCUGGUCUGGCCGGCUGUAGCAGGGCAGGAUUUUGUCAUGUCAGAGGGCACGUUGACAUUUGAGAUUGGACAGAGUAGUGCUGGCCUGAACAUAGACCUCACACCAAACAUUGGUUCCUCCAAUCUGACACCCAAACGCUUCCAAGUGGUUCUCUCUGAUGCUACCGGUGGCGCACGGGUUCAUCCAGAAUUCGGGCUGGCGAACGUCACCCUGGUUUCAGACACAGAGACUCAGGCUGUGUGGGCUCUGCUGGACCAGCUACACCAGCCUCUGGAGGAGACCAUCAUCAACCGAGUCCUGCAUGCACUCAUCAAUAAAGUUAGCAGGGACAUCACUCCAGAGCAGCUAAUGGCAGUGCUGGAUGCCUCCAGCAAGAUUCUGAGUGAUGCUGAACAGACUCCUCUAAAAGACAGCAGUCGUGGGUUGACCUAUGAACUCCUGUGUGCCAUGGCGAACCCCAAUCGAACGGAUACUCAAGGUGUAAGCCAGCUGUCUGAGGUGGCAGAGCGCUUCGCAUACAGCCUGCUUACAGACAUUAAGUGUGGGGCAGAAGGAAAAAGAGGCAUAACCAUACUGGAUAAUUGCCCAUAUUUCACCAUCGCUGCACACCACUGGUAUCCCAUGCAGAUUAACGGGCAUACGUUCAUAGGCAAAAACACAGACACGUUUACCUUGCCGGAGACCCUGCUGGAGGUUCCAGCUCUUCCUGCUGAUAGCACAGCCCCGUUGGCUUGCUAUAAAGUGCACUUCACCGAAUACAGUACUGAGCACUGGUUCCUCACCAACAAAAAACCCAGCGCUUUAAAUGGCAAGGUUUUUUCAGUCAGUCUUUAUGGCAGAGGAUCUAAACCUCUUUCCGAAGGUCAAGAGGUUGUUUACCGUAUACAUACCCCAGAUCGACGAGGAAAACCAAAACCGAGCCAAUCUCUGUGCCUGCUGUGGAAUCAGGCUGCAGAAAGCUGGUUGUCUGAUGGCCAGUUCUGUCGUUUGGUGGACGACACUCAGAAUUAUGUAGAGUGUGCCUGUUCGCAUCUGUCCAUCUACACUGCAUAUGCAGAGAUUGAAAGCUUGGCUUCAUUCAAUGAGGCCUUCUAUGCUGCUGGCUUCAUUUGUAUCUCAGGGUUUGCCUUGGCCAUGGUGUCUCAUCUGAUGUGUGCAAGAUUCCUCAUGUUCGCUGCCAAACUCCUCACACACAUGAUGGUGGCCUGCUUAGGGACUCAGGUAAGAGCAAAUGCAACCAAUACUUUAAUCAAGCAGUCAAUUUUUUGCAUACCUAUUGUAGUUAGUCAGCUGCACCAACACUAAAACUAAAAUCCACAG